AUGGAUCGUGACACAUUUUCAAACAGCCGACGCGCCAGACACUUCGGGAGAUCCACUCAGAAUUUCUCAUCAUCCAUCAAUCAACCAGGCUAUGGAAGAUCAGAUAACUACAAUCACCGCAAAAAUUUGCGCGAGGCCUACCUGAAUGAGAGUAAUAGUGCCGACUUUCACAACGUGUCCAGCUUCUUCGGUAGCCCAAAAUCCAACAUAAACAUCCAAAGAAAGACACCGGACGCCAUGAUACACCCAUUUUUCGAGGAAUCCUCGUCGGAUCUCUCGUUCCGCCUGUCUGGUCUCGGUAUCGAUGAGAACAAUAACAGAAGAAUGGGAACGUCGACGUCGAGCGGUCAAACCGAGUCGAAAUACUUGAAAGUCAACCGUUUGCCAAGUCUUCCCACGUGGGCACUCGAUGAGAAUCGCGAGAUUCGAUCGGAUCUCACGCUGAGAAAAGUGGUCGAUGAGGGAUUGGUUUUGAUGUUUUCGAUGGAUAAAUCGGGAUGCCACUUCCUCCAAAGCAACUACUACGGCGAAAACACUCAAAACGUGGAGCCGUACAUUCGUGAUCGAGUUUCUCGUGAAGUUCUUGGAAACAAGGAGGUCUUUCUCACUAUAUGCAAGAAUAUAUUCGGAAAUUUCUUUCUUCAACGUGUCAUUGAGUUCUCGAACCACGAGGAGCAGCAGAUUAUCAUGAGAUAUAUUGUCAGCGAUAUCUCCGCGUUGUGUUUGGAUAAGAGCGCCUGUCGUGUCGUGCAGACUGCGUUGGAGACUCUCGACCCAAUCUACGGGGACGCUAUCGUCGCCGCGAUUCCACGCAAGAACCGUCUCAUGGCGAUAUGCACUGAUCAAAACGCCAAUCAUGUCAUCCAGAAGAUCAUAAAGAAGAUGGCGCUGCCAAGAUGGGAGUUUCUGAUCACUUAUCUGUGCAAAACAGAGCAUGAUAACUUGUUGGAUAUCUGCCAAGACAAAUACGGAUGUCGUGUUGUUCAGACUAUUGUUGAAGUGCUCGCAGAUGAUACUGACAAGUGCAACAUCGAAGAGAAAGCCCGCUCUCUCCGUCGUCUCAUGAGCAAAAUCCUCAUGAAAUGCCAAAAACUCGCGUCCAACGAGUUCGCCAACUACGUCAUCCAACACAUCAUCGAGACGCCCGGCGUGCUCUCUCCAUACCGAAAUGCCAUCAUCGAGACGUGUCUUCUACGUAGUCUUCUCUCGAUGUCACAAGAGAAAUACGCGUCUCACGUCAUUGAGCGAGCAUUCGUCUACGCGCCACUCCCACAUAUCGCCGAGAUGAUGGAGGAGAUUUUCGAUGGAUAUGUUCCGCAUCCAGAAACCGGGAAGGACGCUCUCGACAUUUUGAUAUUCCAUCAAUUCGGCAACUACGUCGUCCAACGUAUCCUUCACAUCUGUGUCGACUGUGUCAUUGGGGAUCGCCCAACACUCGUUGACGGUGUGGAUUACUUCGAGAAGUUCAAGAGUUGGCUGAGCAAGCUCUAUGUGAAGGCGAGAAAGGAUAGAACUCGUUUGACGAGAUUCUCUUCCGGCAAGAAGAUCAUCGAUCUCCUCGAGAAGGUGGAGUCGACCUUCCACUUCAACCCUGGCUACGAUCGCCUUCCAUCACCAUACUCGCCAACUCACGACGUGCUCGCCGCUCUCUGUCCAUCAUCGUUCUUUUCACCACCGGGAACUUCAAGCGUCGACUGGCCAUCACGUACCACUUCGCUCUCGUCGGAACAUCCAAUCGAUGGAUUUGAGUACACCUUCCCGAACAACUACCAUCAAAAGUUCUAA